UUGCAUGAAGUGCACCCCCUCCCCUCCCUCUCACUCCUCUCGAUUCCCGUAACGAUCAGGUGACGACAGAAAUGUAUCAUCCAUACGCAGGAUGCGUUGUCUGUCUUGUGAAUAUGGAAGAGGAAUAUUUUAACAUUUUUUUUCUUCUGUGCGGCUGCCGAGAGACUGUAGUUUUAAGUGCGUUGGUGCCCAGCGAUGGCCCCCUCCCCCCCUCUCUCACUCGCUCACUCACCUCUUCUUUCCACCCCCUCCACGGUUAUGAGAGCGGGUCGGGAGGGGGCAGAGAGGGGUGUGGUGGUGGGAGGGGACGCACCCGAAAGAAGGGAACACGAUUGGAAAGGAAAGAAAAAAGUUGGUGGUCGCGACGCACACACGCGAAGACACACACACACACACACACACACACAAGUCCCACAUCCAUCCAACCACCCACCUCCUUCCCUUGGAAGUUGGGGGGAUUCAUUCGGUUGGACGAGAAGGCAGCAAAACCAGGGUCAGCUAAAUUAUAUGACUGGCUAGAAAUUGUUACUCAGAAACGGGAGUCUCCUUCAAUUUCCAGACAUCUAAUUGGUUUUUUUUUGGACGAAUCGUGGGGAGAGGAGAAGGGGAAGGGAAGCGCACGCGGUGGUGGGGGUGUCGCGCCUACUAUUUUUUUGUACCAGCUUGGGACUUUGCACUUUUGCGGGAGGCAAACCGGCCAAGCCAGCGAGCCAACCUAAUAAGCCGGCGCAACACGAAAAAAAUUGAAAGGUUGAGAUGGAAAUGGAGCCACCCCUCUCCGACUCCCCAGAACAGGAAACCCCCGCCUGCCCCGAAAGAAAAGACUGUAUCUGCCCAGAUGUUUCACGUUGGAGUAAAGAAAAAAAAGU